UCCAACUCCUUCUCUGGACAACGACACCUCCACACCUGUAACAGGUUUUACUUCAUUUUUCAAACAAACAAACAAACGCUCAACUCCAGCGUAAGCUCUGAAACUCUCUCCCCGUCUGUCAGCACCCCUCACCUUCCUGCCCUAGAAGCCGCGCGUCUUGGCGCGUAGUGUUUGAGCUUCUCACCGGCGAGAAGAUUUUGCCGAGCUAGAUUUGUUCUUUCACAGGUUAUGUGUCAUUUGUUGUUGAGUAAUAUUUCUGCCUUUAUAUGACAAGAUAGACAUUCCAAAGGGCUUACGUAUAGCUACUCACUUAUUCAAUUGACCGCAAAGGAAGUGCAAGAACAAUAUUGGACAGAAAUUUGAACUACGAGAAAAAUGAAUCAGGGCUUCUGGAUGGCAAAGGGUGCUGGAUGUCUAAACGAUAGUGAGAUGGCUUAUGAUAAUUCUUCCAGAAUUGAGCCGAAGCGUUCUCAUCAGUGGUUCAUGGAUGGCCCGGAGGUGGAGCUGUUCCCCAACAAGAAACAGGCAGUAGUGGUUCCAACUAACAAUUUAUAUUCGGGAAUGUUAAACUCAAAUGUCUCUCCCUGGGGCAAUGCUUCAAGUUUUCAAUCAUUCACUGGCCAAUUCAAUGAACGGUUAUUUGAUUCUGAGAUAACCAGGACCACUAAUAUUGAUGACAGAAAUAUUCCAUCACUUGGCACCGAAAAACUGGAUAUUGCAAGAAAGAUUAAUGAUGAUACAUUUGGGAAUGAUCCAUCAUUUGGUUUAUCAAUGUCACAUACGCUGGAAGAUCCUAGCUUAGGUCUAAACUAUGGUGCCUUUAGAAAAGUUAAAAUCAGCCAGGUGAAGGACUCUGAGAAUGUGAUGUCUGUAUCUGUGGGACAUGCCUAUAAUCAGGGUGAUGGCACUACUAUGUUGGCAUCUCAUGCCUACAAGGCAGAUGACAAUUCAAUAUCAAUGGGUCUCACUUAUGGCAAAGGAAAUGAGAUGAUAUCUUUGGCUGACACCUAUGACCGAGUGGAUAACAAUUUCAUAUCAAUGGGACAGCCUUAUAACAAGGUGGGUGACUCCUUAUCAAUGGGUCAAAUAUACAAAGAAAACCCUGACACCAUGUCAUCAGGUCAGAUGUUCAGCAAGGAUGAUGACAGUAUCAUUUCUAUUGGUCAAACCUACAAGUCAGAUGACAAUAACAUAUCAACUGGUCACAUCUUCGAUAGGGGGGAGGACACAAGUGUACCAGUUGGUCCUGCUUACAAUACGGGUGAAAACAUGGUCUCUCACUCUUAUAAUAAGGGAGAAAGUACUAUCAUAUCCUUUGGUGGCUAUGAUGAUGAUGAUGAUGAUGCAAAUCCCUCUGGAAGGCUCAUAUCGAGUUAUGAACUGUUGAUGGGCAAUCCUUCAGUCCAGAGAUCAGAAGCUUUAAUCGAGAAAGAAUUAGUCAAAUCAAAUCCUGAAACAGAUACUAGUUGUGCCCAGAUAACUGCUUCGGGGACUGGAAAUAUUUCCAAGAAGAAAGAUGACCCAAAAAUGUCUAAGAAGGUUCCUCCAAACAACUUCCCGUCAAAUGUCAGAAGUUUGCUAUCAACUGGUAUGCUAGAUGGAGUCCCUGUAAAGUAUAUUGCCUGGUCAAGGGAGAAGGAACUCCGUGGGGUUAUAAAAGGUUCUGGAUAUCUAUGUGGCUGUCAGUCAUGUAAUUUUUCCAAGGUUAUCAAUGCAUAUGAUUUUGAGCGUCAUGCUGGAUGCAAAACAAAACACCCAAACAACCACAUAUACUUCGAGAAUGGGAAGACAAUUUAUGGGAUUGUCCAAGAGCUUAGGAGCACGCCUCAAAAUUUGCUGUUUGAAGUGAUUCAGACCAUAACUGGUUCGCCUAUCAAUCAGAAGUCCUUCCGCCUUUGGAAAGAAUCCUUUCUAGCUGCAACACGUGAACUUCAGCGUAUAUAUGGAAAGGAUGAGGGGAAGCAGUUGUCAUGAAGCAAGCUCACUCAAGUUUUGAGGUAGGAUAAUCUUUUGUUUUGUGCAGAGAAGUAAUCUUUUUGGCUAUACCUUGCGCGCGCUCUGGUGAUUGCCCCACCAACUCGAGCGCUUUUGAGGACAAGUUACAUGGACUUAUUGGGGGGUGGGGGUUGGGGAGAAAAAGAACGAAGUAUGUUGAAACCUUGGUCCUUGUUGUCCCAAAUGGAAAAUGAAAUUGAAGUUGUUAAUGGAAAGGGACGUUUAUUGCUUUUGCUA